AUGAGCGGCUUUCGUGUCGAGGACCUGCUUUCCGAACGGGAAAAAGAGUCCAACUCGAGCUCGAGCGAGACCCUCCAGACGUCGCCACGUCAGGAAAAGACGAAUCGGAAAAUGAGAAGGGCCAGAACUGCAUUCUCAUACGAGCAAUUGGUGGCACUGGAGAGCAAAUUUAAGGUGCGGGUCUUGUAUAAAAAACAUGGUUCCUGAAGACAGAAUGGUUUCAGUCGUCGCGUUAUCUCAGUGUUUGCGAGCGGUUGAACCUGGCCAUACAGUUGCAACUUUCCGAGACACAGGUAUUUAAUAAAUUUGCGAAAAGCCAAGCUUCAAAUUCACUGAAGUUAAGGUCAAGAUCUGGUUCCAAAACAGACGCACCAAGUGGAAGAAGCACAAUCCGGGACAGGAUGCGAACACCCCGCAGACUCCCCCAUCGUCCGAUGAGAUCCCGGUCCAACCGAUUCUGCCUGCCGUUUCGAAUGUUCCGGCGUUCAACCCACUGGUAAAUUCAAAACCUUCAUUUCCAAACUGUUCUCUCCAACUUAACCUUUCCCAGAUGUUGCCUCCAAUCCUCCCUCCCGCCACGUCCACUGCGAUGUCCGCCACAACUUCUCUUCCGUUAUCCCUGUUUAGCUUGAACCACCUUCUCAUGCAGCAAAACGUGGGAUUCAAUUGA